AUGACGGCGACAGGCUCGUCUCUGCCAACCGCAUGGCUUGCGCCGCCACCAGGUCUGCUGCCCACAAAUCAGAAGGUCAAGAUCACGCCAGUCCCCAUCGCCAUCAGUGCUACGAUAGCACUAAUCAUCGGCGCCCUUGUCAUGCUCCUCUUCAACCGCAAGCACAAAGACGUGUAUCUCUCAGACAAGCCUGCCCCGGUCCCCAAGAAAGAAGAGCCAAAAGCUCCAGCCGAAGAUAACCCCCUGCACAUCAGCUCACCAGUCGAAGUCCGCGUCCCCUCCGCCGUCCAAUACGCUCUAUCGCAUAUAAAUCCGCCUACAUACCAGCACCCCUACCGUCCACCACCCACCUUCCCACGCGCAUAUCAAUCCCAAACACAAGUCUCAGAGUGGCGACCCUCAGGCCAGAAACUCGACGCCAUGCUCGGCGUCGAUCAUCGCGACUGGCAGCAUGACGGACGCAUGUCGCCGCGCCGGACUUCGUACAUCGCUUCUGGUCUGCCGCGCAGGGCGUACGACUAUGGCUCUGACGACGGGACGCUCAGGGAUGACGAGAAGAACUCUGCCUAUGUGCCGUUUAAUGCAAGUGAGUUUGACUAUGAGCAGCAGGAGAAAAGCGGGCAUGGGGGAUUAGACAGCUCGCAUAUUUCUGAGGACGAGGGGUCGGUGGACUCUGUGGAGGAAUUUGGGAAGAGGCAGAGGGCUUUUGCUGCCAAGUUUCCUCUGGGGGAUCCUUAUUGA